UGGGGUCCCCCCUCCAUUCAUAACAAACCUUUGGGUCUGGUAUGGGUUUUGAGGGGAAGCCCCAUGCCAAAAUUAAAACAAAAUGGCAUGGGGUCCCCCCAAGAUCCAUACCAGACCCUUAUCUUAGCAUGCAGCCUGGCAGGUCAGGAAAGGGGGAGGGACAAGCAAGCCCCCCAUCCUGAACCAUACCAGGCCACAUGCCCUCAACAUGGGGGGGUGCUCACUUUGUCCCCAUGUUGAUGGGAACAAGGGCAUCCUCCCCACAACCCUGGACGGUGGUUUUGGGGGUCUGUGGGCGGGGGGUUUA